UAACCCCAUAUUAUCCACAGUCAGUCCUUGGCACGGACAUAGCUGAGUUGUUAAUGAAGGAACAUAGCGGUGACUUUCAGUUGAUGGGGUCGCCUGAUGCUGAACGUAAACCUCUUGAUAAUGGUGCAUCUGAAGAAUUGCUGAUAAAUGAUGAAUCAGCAUCAUCUAAUCGAUUCAGAGAAUUGCUUUUGUAUGGGAGGAAAAAGGAUGCAUUAGAAUGGGCAAUGAAGACUCACUUAUGGGGCCACGCAUUGUUACUUGCAAGCAAAACAGACGCACGGACGCAUGCAAAUGUAAUGCUUAGAUUCGCAAACUCUCUUUCAAUAAACGACCCUCUACAAACGUUAUACCAACUCAUGUCAGGGAGACAACCUGCUGCUGCUACUUGUGUAUCGGAUGAGGGCUGGGGUGAUUGGCGCCCUCACCUGGCCAUGAUAUUAUCCAACGCUACGUCGAAUAUUUCACUUGACACCAAGGUCGUCAUGGUGAUGGGAGAUUCGCUUAUCGCUAACGGGCUUCUUACUGCUGCUCACUUCUGCUACCUAAUGGCAUCGACACCCAUCGGAUAUUACACGCGACGAUCAAGCAAACUCGUUCUUCUGGGAGCCAAUCACACUCUUCCAUUCAAAUACUUUGUGCGAAACGAUUCAAUCCAACGAACCGAAGCUUACGAAUACGCGAUAUCAUUAAGUUCCAACCAUGAGCGAAGUAAAACACCAUUAUUACCAUCCUUCCAGUUGUACAAGUUCAUAUACGCUUGUAGAUUGAUGGAGCAUGGGAUGGUAGCUCAGGCGUUCCAUUACUGCGAGAAUCUUGCGAAAGUAAUUUGUCGUUCUCCCACCUCGUACUCCGUAACCUUGGUAACACAACUGUCGCGCAUCGUUGAUUACAUGCGUUUCCAUGACGCCAGGAUGCAAGCAGGUGUGACGCUCGACGGUGACCUCCAAUGGAUAAAUGUGUUAAACAAUAUGGCAGAUCGGAUGAUGACUGGUUCAAUCCUCCCGACCACUUCACCAUCCAUAGCUCCUUCAACCAUCGAUUCCGACAGCGCAUCCAGUACUAGAAGUCCAACACCUAAUGAGUACGAGCAUAACCCCCCUGUCACCCACACCCCCCAACUUUACCAAACCAACCCCCCACCCUCAAGUGGUUACCAACAUCAAGGAGUUGAAAAUCAAGUUCCGUUCCAGAUCGGGGACAGUAUGUUGUAUCAAUCAAACCCGUUGAACCAGAAUUUUAACAACCAUCAACAAAAUCAACAACAGCUGUCUGGCCCACCACAAAUGGAUUAUCAACAAAUCAGUGGUGAUCAACAACAAAAUCAACAAUAUCAACAAAAUCAACAAUUUCAACAAAAUCAACCAAACCAACAAUUUCAACAAAAUCAACAAUUUCAACAAAACCAACAGUUCCAGCCACAAAACGCAGACCAUGGCCAAUAUUAUGCUGACAAUCAACAAAAUCAACACGAACCUCCACAAUUUCAACCAAACCCAGUCGAACAACAUCAGUUUCAACCCCCUGCUCAACCAAAAUCAAAACCAGAUUUCUAUGAUCAAGUUGCUCCACAACACUCAAGAAUCCGCACGACGUCUCAAACCUCGAACCAAUCACACGCGAGUAUUCCUCGUUCAGUGCGGAGGUCGCGAACCACGUCGGAGAACUCGCAUCGGAGUCGAUCACGAAGCACGAGCAACGAGAGUGAAAAGAGGAGGAGGAAGGAGAAGAAAGAGGAGGAGGGAGAAAUGGGCAAUAAGAAAGGCUGGUUCUUCAACUGGUUUUCCAGCGGAGCAAAAAAGAAGAAAAACCAAGUUUAUUUACCAGAUGAUAGUAAGAAGGAUAUAUACUGGGACGCGGACAAGAAACGUUGGGUUGAUGCGAACGCUACUGAGGAAGACCUCGCCCCUCCACCCCCACCCCCUACUGAUGAUGUCACUAUGACAUCACUUCCUGCACCCACCUCACAACCAGGGAUGACGAAGAAUAAAUUCUCGCUCAAAAGUUUGAAUAAUCGUUCGAUGUACAAAGAUGCGUUCAAGUCAACCACGACCCCUGUUUCAAACCCCAUGCCUGCUCUAGUUGUUCCUCAACUUACGAUGACACCCAACCUGUUCACCCCAACACCAGGUUCAAUGAAUGAGGAUCAACCAAACGAUCAAGUUCCACAAAACCAGCCGGAUCAACCUCAUGCCCAAAACCAAAACGAUCCAAACCUGGUUCCAAUGAUGGGUAAAGAGGGACUUCCCCAUGCCACCCCACCCAUGUUACCCACCUUCCCACAAUAUGACCCUCCACAACCCAACCACACCCAACACUUUCAACCCCAUAAUAACCCACAUAUGUCACAGGGUAAUCCCCAAAUACCAAUGGGAAACCCCCAGAUGUCGCAGGGAAACCCCCAAAUACUUAUGGGAAACCCCCAGAUGCCACAGGGUAAUCCCCAAAUACCGAUGGGAAACCCCCAGAUGUCACAGGGAAACCCCCAAAUACCAAUGGGAAACACCCAGAUGUCACAGGGUAAUCCCCAAAUACCGAUGGGAAACCCCCAAGCACCCCAGGAAAACCAACAUUUACCCCAAUUCAACCCUCCUAUGUCUCAGGGGAACCCCCAGUUUACCCCAUUUAACCCCCAAGCACCCCAGGGCCACCCCAAUCCACCUCAGUCUCAUCCUAACCCCCAAAACGAAGCUCCACCGGCAGAAACCCCACAACAAGCCGCACCAACUAUGUUUUUCAAUCCAAGCCAAUUUAAAUCGAGCCCGAAUAUUUUCGCACCACCACCGGUCAACACUGGAAGGUGACCAGUGUUGCCAGAUAUAAAACUUUAGGAAGGCGACAAGUGAUGCCAGACGAAAAAUUCCAGUGUUUCUCAUUUGUGAUAGAUUUUACCAGUGUGUAAAGUAAUUGUGAUGUAACAGAACGUAUUUAUUGCAAAGAAACAACCGAGGUUAUAUAAGCCAAGUUGUUCAACUGUGAGUAACUUAAGCAAAUGCAAUCAUUAUCUAAUUGCUGCUUUGUAUAUAACUGCAUAGUGAAUAUUUAUUCUCCAGUAAUUGAAGCAAUUUACCCAAAAUAGUCGCUCUGUUUAAAAAGUUGCAAACUCGAACAUAUUUCAGAUUUGUGCGGAAUAUAUUGUUGGUGUAGACGAUAGGCAAUGUAUUUAUGAUGUGCAAUCCUAUAGUUUGGUGGCCAGAAAGAUGGUUCCAAAAUGGUGUUUUGGUUUGUGGUCGCCAUAAUAAAAUGUGAAAGGAAAUUA